CUCGUUCGUUCCAAACGCGACUAUAAUACUUUUAGCGAUUUAAAAAGUAUUAUUCAUCGAUAUCUACACGAAAGUUCGGUAGUUCGUUCGUUUUAUUAAUUUCGUAUAUCAAUCGAGACUGUUUUUAAUAGUGUGUUUUAAUCAUGGAGGAAUCGCAACCGAUAUCGCGCACCUACCAAUACAGGAAAGUGAUGAAGCCGAUGUUGGAGCGCAAGCGACGCGCCAGAAUCAACCGGUGCCUCGACGAGCUGAAGGAGCUGAUGGUAACAGCGCUGCAAAGCGAAGGCGAGAACGUCUCCAAGCUGGAGAAGGCCGACAUCCUGGAGCUGACCGUCAGGCACUUGCACAAAUUGCGGCGCCAGCAACGCCUGUCGAGCGCCAAUCCGGUGAUCGACGCCGACCGGUUCCGCGCCGGCUACACGCACUGCGCCAACGAGGUGUCCCGCUGUCUGGCGUCCAUUCCGGGCGUCGACGUCCAGCUGGGCACCAAGCUGAUGACCCACCUGGGGCAGCGGCUCAACGAGAUGGACAAAGUGUCGCCGCUGGUGAUCCGGGUGGCGUCGCCGUACACGCCGCCGGUGUCGCCGCGGCUCGACGGCGAGCCGCCGCAGACGCGGUACGCGAUGCCGCUGACGCCGGCGUCGUCGUCGGGGUCGUCGGGGUCGUCGCGGUGCUCGCCGUCGCCCGACCAGCCGAUGGAUUGCUCGACGGCCGGGUUGUUGAAGGUGGCCAAGAAGGAGGAGAUGUGGCGGCCGUGGUGAUUGUUGAAAGGCUCGGCUAAUUUUGUACAUAUAAAUUCGUUUUGGAAUUCUCACUUAGGUCUUUCUAUUAUUAUACGUAAUUUAAAAGUUAAUUGCUCAAUCGCUUUAUAUUAAAGUUUUUUUUUUGUUUGUUUAGAUUUAUAACGAUCUCUUCCAUUAUUAUAGAAAGCUUUAAAUUGUAAAUUUAACGUUAGGGAUACGAUUUUUAUACUGUUAUAAUAACUGUUUUUGUGAUAUUUGAAGUUAGUACCUGUGAUUUUGACGGCAAUGUUGAAGCAAUCUUAAUCAAAAAAAAUAUGUUAUUAUUAUAAUGAGUACUGCACUUAUUUCGUAAUGUGUAUUGCAAGCGUAACUGUGAUACAGUUUUUUGUAUUUUUGAUAUAAAAAAAUACUUUUGGAAAAAUAAAUAUGACUUGUUACAAUUAA